UUCCUAUUUUUGUUUUCAUAAUAGUUCGCCGCGUGCUAAUAAUCCCGAUAUGCCGAAUUCAGAAGAAGAUACAUUUGCUGCUGCAAGAAGAUCUCGAAACAGGAGUUUUUCACGAAACUUGAAAUUCAAGAAUUUAUCCAGAUCUUGCAUGAAAAUUAAAUACACAAAAAGAAAAUCAGAAGAUGUCAGCUCAGAAGAAGAAGAACCACUCUACAUAUCAGAAUUUGUGGAAUCAGAAGAAGAACCUGAAACGGAAGACUCAGACAAUAUCAGUGAAAAUAAAGAAGAGCGAGAAGUUGAACAAGAAGAAGAAGAUGAUGAUGAAGACGAAGAAGAAGAUGAUGAUAAGCGGAGAAAGAAGAAAAAGAAAAGUAGAAUUGCUAGCUUCAUCAUAGAUGAAGCUGAGGUAGACGACGAUGUGGAGGAUGAUGACGAAUGGGAAGAAGGUGCGCAAGAAUUCGGUAUAAUCGAAAAUGAAGUGGACGAAUUAGGACCGACUGCGCGUGAAAUUGAGAGACGACGUAGAAAUAUAAAUCUUUGGGAUUCGGAUGAAGAUGAAAUAGAGGAGUACCUUCGGGAAAAAUAUAGUAAAUCGACAGCCGGUUAUCGUUUUGGCGACGGUGACAAAAAAAUGAGUGAGGAAAUAAUUCAACAAACUUUAUUGCCGGGCGUGAAAGAUCCAAAUUUAUGGAUGGUAAAAUGUCGAAUAGGAGAAGAAAAAGCUACAGCACUGUUACUGAUGCGCAAGUUCAUCACAUAUCAGAAUUCAAAUGAACCUCUUCAAAUAAAAUCUGUUGUUGCAUCGGAAGGAGUGAAAGGAUAUAUAUACAUAGAAGCUUACAAGCAGUCGCAUGUAAAAGCUGCUAUUAAAAAUAUUGGAAGCCUCAGAUUCGGUACAUGGAAGCAACAAAUGGUACCUAUUAAAGAGAUGACAGACGUGCUGCGGAUAGUUAAAGAGCACACUUAUUUAAAACCUAAACAAUGGGUCCGUUUAAAACGAGGCAUUUAUAAAGAUGAUUUAGCUCAGAUUGAUUAUAUCGACUUAGCACAAAAUCAUGUUCAUUUGAAAUUGCUUCCGAGAAUCGAUUACAAUAAAUUUCGUGGCGCGUUGAGAACAGUGCAGAACGAAUCCAACGUAUCGAAAUGCAAGAAGAGCAGGCAACCAGCGAAACCAUUCAAUCCUGAAGCAAUUCGUGCUGUUGGAGGAGAAGUUGCGAAAAACGGAGAUUUCCAUAUUUUCGAAGGAAAUAAAUAUAAUCAUAAAGGAUUUCUUUAUAAAGAUUUUUCCAUAAAUAACAUUUGCGCGGAGGGUAUUAAACCUACACUUUCCGAAUUGGAAAAAUUUGAAGAAGCGCUGCAAGAUAUUGAAAUAGAUUCCAAUGAAACACCAGAAUUUGGAACAUCUGGAAAAAAAGAUCAAUUUUAUUCCUUUAGUACUGGAGAUAAAGUAGAAGUAUGCAAGGGUGAACUUAUAAAUUUACGGGGAAAAAUCAUUUCCUUGGAUGGAAACACGAUUAUGGUUAUGCCGAAACAUGAAGAACUUAAAGAAGUUUUGGAAUUCCAAGCUUCAGAAUUACGAAAAUAUUUUGUGCAAGGCGAUCACGUAAAAAUUAUAGCAGGACGAUACGAAGGCGACACAGGUAUAAUUGUUAGAGCAGAACAAAACAGAAUAGUUUUAUUCUCCGAUUUGUCAAUGCACGAACUCGAGGUUUUUCCGAGGGAUCUACAAUUGUGUUCCGAUGUGGCAACUGGUGUCGACAGCUUAGGCAAAUUCCAAUGGGGUGACUUGGUGCAGUUAGAUGCACAGACAGUUGGUGUUAUCGUUCGAUUGGAACGUGAGAAUUUCCAUGUUUUGUCUAUACAUGGGAAAGUAGUCGAAGCAAGACCGCAAGGUCUUACGAAGCUUCGCGAAAGCAGAAAUGCGAUCGCACUGGACUCUCAACAAAACAUUAUACAAAACAAGGAUAUUGUUAAAGUAAUUGACGGAAUGCAUGCCGGUCGAGGAGGUGAAAUUAAACAUCUUUACAGAAGUUUUGCUUUUUUGCACUCGAGAAUAUUCAUUGACAACGGUGGAAUAUUUGUAUGUAAGACCAGACAUUUACAGUUGUCCGGUGGAAAUAAGACAAUUUCUACUAAUUCUAUGUCACCACUACUGGUAGGCUUUAUGUCACCUAAAAUGACCUCCCCGAUGCAUCCCAGCGGAGGUAGUUUUGAACGAAGCAGUGAAGAUAGAAGAGGCAAAGGUAGCGGCGUCGGGGGUGUAAGACGUGACCGAGAAUUAAUAGGUGUCAUCGUUAAAAUAACAAGUGGACCUUAUAAAGGAAAUGUGGGUUUCGUGAAAGAUGCGACGCAGACGACAGCACGAGUGGAAUUGCAUUCAACGUGUCAUACCAUCUCGGUUGAUCGUUCUCAUAUAGCAAGCGUCGGAGUUUUAACAAGGGAUGGUAGCUUCAGCAGCUACAACAGAACUCCAAAUGAAAUCGGUGGACAAACGCCGACGUACGAAAAUGGUUCUCGUACUCCGCAUUACGGUUCAUUGACACCAUCUCAAGAUGGCUCACGAACACCAGGUCAAUCUGGAAUCUGGGAUCCGACAAUUGGUAACACACCCGCUAGGAUGAACGAAUUCGAUGAAUAUAACAUAGAGGAGAAUAGCUUACUUAAUUAUCCUCUUAAAUAUCCUUCUACUGAAGAACCAUUUAUUCCACAGACUCCGAACAUUAUAUAUGGCUCGGAACAAAGCUUCGAUUCAUGUUCAUCGAGUACUAUGGAAAAUUCAUCUACUGUAUACUCAAAUCCUGAAAAUUACGUUGCUACUCCGUCUACAACGAAUACUGGAUAUGUCAACAACACGUUGACGAUGCUAAACAAUUAUACACCUAAUAGUCCAUACAAUCCACUAACACCUCAUUCAGAAAUGGACGCAGAUAACGAUUCUGAUUGGCAUACAACAGAUAUUGAAGUUCGCAUUCGUGACACCCACAAUGAUUCUGCUCUCGUUGGACAACAAGGAGUUAUCCAACAAAUUUCAGGUAAUAUGUGCAGUGUUUAUCUACCUACGGAAGAUCGAGUAGUGAGCAUAGUAUGUAAACAAUUAGAACCUGUAAAACCGUCAAGUGGCGAUCGAGUCAAAGUGAUUCAAGGUGAAGACCGUGAAGUCGUCGGCACUUUACUUUCGAUUGACAAUCAAGAGGGAGUGGUAAAGCUUAUUAAUACGGACGAGAUAAAAUUCUUCCAAUUUCGAUUGUUAGGUAAAAUGAAAGACAAAUAGCAUAGAAUGAUACAAAAACUU